AUGUCCGGCGCGGAAGAGGAGGCCGAAUGCAGGAUAUGCGGCGACCUCGUCCCAACGUCCGAGCUCGUCGAGCCGUGCGGGUGCCGCGGGGGUAUGCGCUGGGCCCACUCGCAAUGUGUUCAGACGUGGAUUUCCACCGACAAGGGACCGGGGCGGAGGAACGACAGCUGCGAGGUGUGCGGCGAGGCGUGGGUGGGCGAGUACGACGUUCCCGAGCCUUCCGUUCAAUCCCCGGAGGAAUACGCGCAUCGCAUGCACGUCCUGCUGUCGUCCGCUUACGUCAGAGUCAUGAUGGACGUCCCCCGCGCGCACGACGAGCACCUGCUCAGGCAUCUCGGACCGCAUCUUCCGGGGCCGUGGCUGGAGUGGUUACGGCGCGACGCGGGCAGGAGACGGAGCGCGUUCGUCCGAUGGAAGGAGCGCGCGGUGAGGGCGAUGUCCCUGGGCGGCCGGCAGAACGUCGGGUCCGUCGCGGUCAGGCGCUACCAGGCGUCGUCGCCCGACGGAAGGAACGCGAGAACACGCGCGACGGGAUGCGGUUGUUUCGGAGGACGGGCGACGGGGAACGGCGCCGGCGCGCGGGGGACGAGACGCGGGGGACGAGACGCGGACGACGCGACGCCCGGAACCCCGCGCGACCGACGCCAAUAG